AUGGCAGACAUCAACGUCUCCCAAGCCGUCGCGCAGGACGACCUCGUCAUCCCCCUCAUCGACUUCUCUGCCUUCCUCAGUGGCACGCCGGCCCAGAAGCAACAGACUGCCCAGGCCGUCCUCAACGGCUUCCAAACCGCCGGCUUCAUCUACCUCUCGAACCACUCCAUCCCCGCCUCCACCAUCUCGACCGUCUUCGCCAACUCCGCGAAAUUCUUUGCGCGCCCGCAGGACCAGAAGGACAAGCUAGCAUGGUACUCCCCUGAAGCGAACCGCGGAUACAGCGGCUACGGCCGCGAGAAAGUCUCGCUUCCUGAUGAAGACAAGGGAAAGGUGGCUGAGUUGCGCGCGGUGCCUGAUCUGAAAGAGUCGUUGGAGAUAGGGCGCGAGGGCGAGAAGGGAAUGCCGAACAUGUGGCCGGCGGUCGAGGGCGACGAGGAUGCGAAGACGUUCAAAGAGACCAUGCUUGCGUUUCAUGAUACGUGUAAAGAGCUGCAUAUGCAGUUGAUGCGGGCGAUUGCGCUGGGCAUGGGCAUCGACGAGUCGUGGUUCGAUGGGUAUACCGACGUUGGUGAUAAUACGCUGAGACUGCUGCACUAUCCUGGGGUGCCGAAGAGCAUGUUUAAGAGGGAUGAUGGGCAGCUGCAGGUUAGGGCGGGGGAGCACAGUGAUUAUGGGUCGCUUACUUUGCUGUUCCAGGAUGAGAGGGGUGGGCUGCAGGUUAGGAGUCCGAAGGGGACGUUUGUGAAUGCUACGCCGAUUCCAGGGACUAUCGUUAUUAAUGCGGGGGAUUUGUUGGCGAGGUGGUCGAACGAUACGAUUAAGAGCACGAAGCAUCGUGUGGUGGAGCCGCCGCCUAAGGUCGACAACACGGGCUCGGAUACGUACCCGCCAAGGUAUUCGGUGGCGUACUUUUGCAAUCCGAAUUUUGAGAGGGUUAUCGAGGCGUUGCCGGGGACGUACGAGGAGACGGGGAAGAAGUAUGAAGGGAUUAAGAGUGGCGAGUAUCUUGUUAAGAGACUGACCGCAACGUACUGA